AUGGCAACCGCAGAGGAAAAACUCGACGCGCUCGAUGCGCAGAUGAAGUCCAUGCUCCUGCUCAUGGAGACCUUCAAUCGUUGGUGUCCUGAGGUCGAUCACUUCUCCACCGAGCUAACCAAGGAGAUCAAGACUCUCACGUCGCGCGUGGAGGCGUUGGAAGCGAACAACGCUCCGUCAUCGGCCCCGAAGCGCGAGGAAGAGGGGCGGGCCAUGGGCCACGGCGCUGCAACAUCACCACAGGGGAAUGAUGGGGGGACUCUGAUCCUCACUCAUCCCCUAGCCAAUGGUCAAUCAUCCACCCCCAAUUCUCCAAUUCAUUAUCAUACUACGCCUACACACAAUGAAGGUCGUUUGCCUAAGGCCCAGUUUCCCAAAUUUGAUGGGUCUCAUCCAAAAGUCUGGAAAGAAAAAGCAGAAAAAUACUUUGACAUGUUCAAUGUCCCGGCCGACGUGUUGGAAUCUCAACCCAAGCAUUUUGGCAAGCGUCAUUAUCAUGACUGCAACAAGUAUCAAGGCAAGCCACCUCAAGCAGCACUACCUGGUGUUCUGGGCGCCCCACUAGCCGAAGAAGCUAAACCCAAGUGGGAAGACAAAUGGACCACGCUCAGAGCUCAGCACCGUGCCCAAGGCUUAUGCAUGAAGUGUGGAGAGAAAUGGGGCAGGAAUCUUAAGGGUCUAGAGGGAGUUAAGGACAAACUAUCUAGCUGUCACAAGCUGAAAGCAAGGAAACUUAAGGGUCUGCUCAAGAAAGGGGAGUAG